AUGUUCUUAGUACUUCUCUUUUAUUCUUCAUUUGCACUACCUUCUUUUGAAGGUGAAUUUGCUUCUAAAACUAGAAGUUAUACUAUUAUGAAAAAUGAUUUGUAUGAUAAUGUAUUUGAAAUACAUACAAAUGAAAUACUUUAUCAAAUUAUUAUUCGAGAAAAAACAGUUGAAUUAAUAGAUAGACAUAAUACUCUAUUAGGAAAACUUCAUAUAAAUAAUCAAACUACAGACUUACUUGCAACUGAUAAAAACUACUCUCUUUUUAUAUCUCAAAAUCAUAUCACUAUCAAAAAAAUUAAAUCUGGAACUAUGUUAUUUGAUGCAGAACGAGUUCCAAGUCAUUUUAUUCAUGACGUUUUUUGUCUUACUUUAUUUUCUUUAAUUGUUAUUCUUCAUAUAAUGGUUUGGAGACAAGGAGGUGCAUUAUUAAUACCUGGUUCUGUAAUUGUAAAAAAUUUAAAACAGGAGUGA